ACAACCAUCAUCAUCUUCAUCAUCAUCAUCACCAGACUUCACGUUGUAGUGCAGACUGCGCAUGCGCCCGGCAUUGGAAUUACCGCACUGGCAAGAAUAAGUUGAAGCUCGUCUUGUCUUUUCUUUUAAAAAACGAGGGGCUUAUAAAGAACACCAUAAGAACAACAACAUGUUAAGAAGAAGAAGAUGGUGCUUUUGUGUCGAGGUGUUCCCUCUUGUAGUGGCUGUGGUGUGCGCACAAAGUGUCGGUGUCAAUGAUCCGAGCAAUAUGCCUUUGGUUAAAGAGACGGUGGAUAGGCUGUUGAAAGGUUAUGAUAUACGAUUGAGGCCAGAUUUUGGAGGUCUACCAGUGGGAGUGGGGAUGAAUAUAGACAUCGCCAGCAUAGACAUGGUGUCAGAAGUCAAUAUGGACUACACACUGACGAUGUACUUCCAGCAGGCCUGGCGAGAUAAGCGCUUGUCCUAUUCGGAGAUUCCCCUCAACCUGACCUUAGAUAACCGUGUGGCCGACCAGCUUUGGGUGCCUGACACCUAUUUCCUCAACGACAAGAAGUCUUUCGUCCACGGUGUCACUGUGAAAAACAGAAUGAUCCGACUGCACCCGGACGGCACCGUGCUCUACGGUUUGAGGAUCACAACCACUGCUGCUUGUAUGAUGGACCUCAGACGCUAUCCACUGGAUGAGCAGAACUGCACACUGGAGAUUGAAAGUUAUGGUUACACAACAGACGACAUCGAGUUCUACUGGCGGGGCGGCAACAAUGCCGUGACCGGGGUGGACAGGAUUGAACUGCCGCAAUUCUCCAUUGUGGAUCACAAGCUCAUCUCCAAGAAUGUUGUCUUCUCCACAGGCGCGUAUCCUCGCCUGUCCUUGAGCUUUAAGCUGAAGAGAAACAUCGGGUACUUCAUCCUGCAAACAUACAUGCCUUCAAUCCUCAUCACCAUUCUCUCCUGGGUCUCCUUUUGGAUCAACUAUGACGCGUCUGCUGCCAGAGUAGCUCUAGGUAUUACCACGGUGCUGACCAUGACUACCAUCAACACCCAUCUGAGAGAAACCCUCCCCAAAAUCCCAUAUGUCAAAGCUAUCGACAUGUACCUCAUGGGAUGCUUCGUCUUUGUGUUUCUGGCCCUCCUGGAGUACGCACUGGUCAACUACAUCUUCUUUGGAAAAGGCCCUCAGCGUCAGAAGAGGGCUGCCGAGAAGACGGCUAUAGCCAACAAUGAAAAGAUGAGAAUGGAUCCAAACAAGUGGCUGGUGGGCAAUGUUGUCGGCCGAGAUGACACCUUGUAUGCAAGGAUGAAACAAAGGGAGCACGAUGUUCAUGACUCAAUGUGGGAACCGAUUUUUAUGGAUGAUACGGCCAUUGGACUCGGCGACCAAAAGAAUAAGCAGAUGGACCAACAUGAAAACAUUUUGCUGAGUACUCUCGAUAUCAAGAACGACAUGGGAAUUACAGAGCUAGCUCUGGGUCUGAACGACCCCCGGAACACCAUGCUCACGUACGACAGCUCCACACUACAAUACCGCAAAGCAGGGCUGGCCCGUCACAACUUUGGCCGAAACACAUUGGAGCGCCAUAUGACUCAGAAGAAGAGUCGACUAAGGAGGCGCACCUCGCAGCUAAAGAUCAACAUACCAGACUUGACUGAUGUCAACUCCAUAGACAAAUGGUCGCGGAUGAUCUUCCCAACUGUCUUUUCCUUCUUCAACAUUGUUUACUGGCUUUACUAUGUCAAUUAAAAGGGAGGACAGCAGAGAGAAAAAUGAAUUCAAAAUGUUGCUAAUUUCUUCUAUGUAUUUCAUGUAAGUAUUUUAUUUUUGUGUCUUGUAAAACUGGACUGACGCACUACAACCAGGACUGGAUACAUCAUGUCUUGGAAUGCCACAUUUGCUGACUUACACAUGAAAACCUUACAGAGGGAAGAUAAAACAAAAGGUGCCUGUGAUAAAAUCAUUGUUUAGAAUUUACACGUAUUGGAUUUUCAUCCUGUUUUUGUAAUUAUUAGUUGCAGUACACUCAGUUAUUGCCAAAAGAUGUACAUGUUGAAAAAUCAAUUCAGUAUUCUUUUAUUAUUUUGACAGUUUAGACAUGGUGAAACAAGUAUCAGGUCGUCUGAGAUGUGUACUAUUACAUUUUUUUAAUGUUAUUAAUAAUAAUUAAUUCUAGACUAACAUUUUUGUAAAUACAUGUUUCCGGACACUCCUUAUUUACCAACAAAAAUAAUUAUAAUAUAUGUAUGACUAAGCUUUGAAAAAUUCAUGAAAUAAAAUUCAUGGCGAACAAUACUUCAUUCAUUAGUAUUUCUGUAAAGACGCGUAACCGCAUACUAGAAGCGCUAACAAGUAAAGGAAGUAGUUGCAUAAAAAGCACAUACAUAAAAGCACAAACCUCAGCUAAUAACAUUCAUUUCUAAAAGUGAUGACUUUUUCCUCUUGUUGACAAGACUGUGAAUAAACCAUAUCAUUGAUAGAA